CCAAGAGAUCACUAGAGAUCUCCUCCCCUGUCUGAGCACCAAGAUGACAGCUGCAGAGGCUUCAGUGGAAAUGUUAAAGACAGACCUUAGAUUCACGGAUGGCCUGGAGAAAGCAGGACCUGGUAAAAGUCUUCAAGGAAAACUUCUAGCAGUUAUAUAUCCUGUAACUCCUAUAAAAAUUUAUUUGUGCUUUUUCAUUAUCUCAGUCCUAAUUGCAAGUGUCAUUGCACUUUCCAUUAUUUUGUCAGCAAAAAAGACAGAGCCAAUCGUACAGAAUCUUGUGUUUGCUACCUGCCCAGAAGAUUGGAUUGGAUUUGGAAACAAGUGUUUUUAUUUUUCUGAAGACGUAGGGAAUUGGACAUUCAGCCAGACUUUUUGUGCUUCCUUAGCAUCCAAUCUUGCUCAGUUUGAAAGCCAGGAGGAACUGAAUUUUCUGAAAAGAUAUAAAGGGCUUUCGGAUCAUUGGAUUGGCCUUAACAGAGAAUCAUCACAUCACAUUUGGAGGUGGACAGACAACACUGAAUAUAAAGCUUUGUUUUCCAUCAGAGGAGAUGGCGAAUGUGCCUACCUGAAUGAUAAUGGAAUCAGCAGUGCCAGGCACUACACAGAUAGGAAGUGGAUUUGUAGCAAGCCAAACAGCUAUUUCCACAAGUGCCAAAUCACAUCAAGUUCUUUAAAAUAAAGCAGGAUGGAGGGAUAUUUUGUAACUUGUUAUAUACAGUUGCUGCUCCAUUUUUGUUUUCACUUAGCACUAGGAACAUGCAUUCGCAAAUUUAUUGACAACAACAAAGUGGCAAAUUAUACUUGCCCUGUCAUAGUACAGGGAUUUGGAAGGGUAUGAUUCUAAAUUAGAUAGGUGUUUUGGUAUGAGUUCAUAACUUAUAUUUUGAACCUGGAAUAUAAUCAAAAUCAGUGAACUCUACUUCUAUGAACUGAUAUUAAACUUUUCUUAUAUAGUCACUACUUGCUUUGAAUGCAUGUGACAAUAAAAAUGAGUAGACAACUGAAAGUAUGCAAAUUAUUUAAUAGUCAAUGAAAAAAUUAUAAUUGGCUUGAGACCUUUAACAUUUUCUUAAAUCCAUUCAAAAUUUUCUUAAUAAUAAAUUAUUAUUAUUUUUUUUGUGUGUGGAUUGGGGAUUGAACCCAGGGCCUUGUGCAUGUAAGGCAAGCACUCUACCAACUGAGCUAUAUCCCCAGCCCUAAAUGAAAAUUUAAUAAGUACUAAAAUUAAUAUUUAUUAUAUAUUCUAAAAUAUUACAAGCAGUGACAAAGUGUUUUUUACACUUUAAUUUUCAAUGUUCAUAUUGGCAUAAUAAAUAAAUGCUAUACUAUAUUUAUAAACAAAUGUCAUUUUAUUUUACCCUUGAAUUGAAAAUCUUGGUUGAAUUUAAAACCAAACAACAGACAAUUACUUGAACUCUUCAUUCACUGGAUACCUAAUUUCAAAAUGGUUUAUUUAUUAUUCAGUUUUGAAAACAAAAUUUGCUACACUGUACUGAUGAGUCCCAAAAAGGACGAAAUAACAAGUUACAAUUCAUCCCUUCCAUCUUUCCUAUUUUAUGGACAUGUUGAUUUCUCCUUAUAAUUCUUUUUAAAUUUAAAUAUCUCUAGAUAGAAGCUAAAGGGGGGAAAAGAGUUAAAGAAAAACAGGAUUUCAUAAAAAUAGAAGUGAGACAAAUAAAGGAAGAGGAUUGAGGGGGGUGAGGGGAGGGUGUGGGGAAAGACUAGGGAAUUAAAUUAACCAAAUAUGCUAUAUUCAUGUAAUUCUUUCACUGUAGCUCUAAUAAAGAUUUAUUGGCUUAAUUGGUUUACAAUUUAUUUUAUUUCGGGUUUCAUAAUCUAAUGCAUAAUGUACUUCUCUAUCCCCAGAGACUAGCACAGCAUGUAAAUACAGAUGUGUUCAAAACAUACCUGUGGAAUGAAGCAGUGUCUUCAUGACUAUGAGAUUCUGUCUUAUUGGCUUAGUUUCAGGUAUUUUUCUCACAAAAAUAAAGUUAAUUUCAAAAAAAAUAAGAAAGAAAAGAUAAGCAGAUUUUAUGUUGAUAAACAGUGUGGGACUAACUCACAAAUGAAAUUUGAGUAAAAUUAUGACACUUACUGACCUAGUAUUCUUUUUAAAACUAGUUUCUAAACAUUAUUUGCCACCUAUGAUCUUGAUAAAUUGUGUAGCCCUCUACCAGAGUUUCUUCAUAUGAAAACUCAAUAUACUAAUUUCAGCGCCACUGGUGAGUUGUAAGACUCAAAUAAAAUUGUGCAUGGAACUUUCUUGCUAAUCUGUAUACCUGACUUAUGUUAACUUUUUGAUAAAACUGUUCUUUCAUUAUUGCUCAGUGGAAAUAAAAGUAAAACUAACACCAAAA